AUGGAGAUUUUCAAGAUACACUAAUCAUGUGGUUUCAUCCUCAGGUUUAAAAAAUAUUCUAAGCAUCAAUUCAAGGAUGAUCCUGUGUGUGGAACCUUUUUAUGGUGGCUCACACAGGCAGUUAAUGGAUUUGUUGUGUGAGUCAUUUGCAAAUGACUUGAAAUUGGUGACAAUGACAGCAAAGAAAUGGCACUGGCGGGCUCGCAUCAGUGCUCUUCACUUGUCUCAGGAGAUUCCAGAAAACAAGAAUUUCAGGACGUUGUUCACUAGCAGUGUCCUUAACCUUGCCGAGUUAGUUGCUCUUCGACCAGACCUUGGGACCCUAAAGAAGGUUCUCUACUUCCAUGAAAAUCAGUUGAUCUACCCAAAGAGGCAGCAGAAAGAAAGGGACUUUCAAUAUGGAUACAACCAGAUUCUCUCAUGUCUGGUUGCAGAUGUUGUGGUGUUCAAUUCCCUUUUCAACAUGAACUCUUUCCUGGAUUCUACAGAUUCAUUCUUCAGUCUUUCACCCGACUACAGACCAAAGGGUUUGGCUGAAAAAAUUCGACCUAAAUGUCAGGUUCUGUACUUUCCUAUUGCUUUGGAGCCUCGUCUUCAAGUCAGUCACAUCGAUGGACCUUUACAUAUUGUUUGGCCACAUCGAUGGGAGCACGAUAAAGGACCAGAGGUGUUUUUCCGAGUUUUGGUGGAGCUGGAUCGAGAGGGCAUUCCGUUCCAUUUGUCCAUCUUGGGCCAGGGCUUCUCUGAAGUUCCAGCUGUAUUCGAUGAUGCCAGAGUAUCAUUAGCAUCCCAUAUCAAGCACUUUGGGUUUUUAGAAUCCAAAGAGGACUAUUUUCAAGUUAUGAAUUCUGCACAUGUGUGUGUCUCUACGGCAGUCCAUGAGUUUUAUGGUGUGGCAAUGUUGGAAGGAGCUCUUAGUGGUUGUUUCCCCCUCUGUCCUGAUCGACUCUCAUAUCCUGAGAUUUUCCCUCCACAUUGCCUCUACAGGACUGAAGCUCAACUUCUCAAUGCCCUUAUCAAAUUUGCCCAGAAUCCCAACUCAGCUCAUGAAGAGGCCAACAACCUUUUGCCUUCUCUAUCCAGAUUUACUUGGGCUUCUUUGAAACAGCAAUAUCUGGAUAUCUUGUUGUGA